CAGAAGCGCUGGUGGUGCUUGACCAGAGCCAAGCUGGGGCUGGGCUGUGCAGAGCCUGGUGAGCUGCUUGGAUGCGAUGGCAAACGGAGACACCCACACAUGGCACCUCGGAGGAGCAGGGCCCCCUCGCUCCGACCCACGAAGCAGCAGCGGCGUUUGGCUCCGCGCUCUGUUUUCCCUUCUGAGCUAGCAGUAUUAUAUUUAGAAAGCAAAUCCUCCGUGGAUUUAUUCAGUCCUGGGCUUCUCUGCUCAUGCUACCAGGAAAGGAGCCAACUAGCUCCCGUGCCCGGCUGGGCGCUGUCUGACGAGCUCGCUUAACGCCGCCACCGAGUCCCUGGGUGGCACCAGCUCCCAUCUGUGCUCACUUGGUUUGAACCCGAGCUCGUGAGCUGCAGUGAGCGCAUUUCGUCUGAUCCGAGCUCUCAGCUGAUUCACCAUGACCAGGGCCGUGCUGAUUCAGGUGCCCGCAGAGCGUGGCCGCUUUGUUGGCUGUGGCUCGUAGCUACAAGCAGCACCACUCAAGCAUUUCUGCAUUCCUCAUUCCGUCUGUAGCAGAGGAGCUGUCUGAAGGGGCUUGGGUGGGUGAUGCUUUUUUGUUUCACUCCAACCACAGAGGUACAGGCAGCCCCAGGGAGCAGUUCUGCCUCUGUGCCAUCUCCUCGAGCUGCUAUUAUGGGAUAUUUUCUGAUACGGACCUGAAGGCUGCGGAAGCCUUUCCUAGACCCAUCAGCCAACACCAGGUCACACUGAAGUCCCAUCCCAGGGAUGGGAGCUCGUGUUUGCAGCAGCAUUAAGUCCUUCCUCAUCCUGGGCCAUCACCCCAAGCUUUACUCCUUUGCCUUCAACGUUCCCGAUUUGCUGUAGGGGUUUCUGGAUUGCUUUUGUGUUCUCUCUAUGGCUGUUCCCUUUUCAGUGGAGAACAGUCAGAAGAAACCCGGUUCAGGCUCUGGGUGGUUCUGGAUGAGUGAGGUUCAGCCAGUUGUGCUCACCCGAGUUCACCGACCCAUGUCUGUGUGUGGAGUGAACUGAAGGCACCUCAGCACUUAGCACGCGGUUGGACUACGAAGUCCCGCAUCUUCAGCUGUACUUUGUUUGGGUUCUUGCAAGAAUUUAGUAAGGCCAAGACUGGAUCAGAAUGGAAUUCCACGGGGAUGGCCCAGGCACUGUGUACAGAACCCCUCUGAUGCUGCUGGUCCCCCAGCUAGGAAGCCAGCACGACCUGCUGCUGCUGGCAGUGUGCUGCCAUCUCCAGCCACCGCCUCGUACCUCAUCAGCCGCAGUAAAUUAGGUGAGGAGGAAGCUCGGGCUGGCUCAGACCUGGCCAAGCAUAACUUAGGUCAUAAGUUUCUGUUCAAGCCUGAAGUGCUCUCGGUACACGUGCCGUCCCGCGGAGCCGCUCGGCAAAGCCUUGCAUGACUUUUUUAAUAGCAGCGUAAGGAAAUAGGAGACGGAACGAGUUUGUCACAUCAUUUGUUGAGCAGCAGCAGCUCCCAUAGCGCUUCUGUCAGCGGGAUGUAAGUGGGGUCUGCGUGGGGAGCUGCGCCCGGCCAGGAGGGGCUCCCAGGUCCUGGGGGUGGGGGAAGGGUUCUCUGGUUCGUGUUUGCAGCCAGGGAGCCGCAUUCCAAGCAAGGAUCAUUUUGUAUUGACAGCAUCCUCAUAACAUUGCUGGCAUGAGGGAGGCUGCCCAAAGCGUUUCUCGCAGUUUUGUGGCAUCGCUGCACGUCAGCACCACCAGAAGCAUUCGCAGGAAAAGCGUCAGCGCUGCUGGAACAUCCCUGCUGGAAGGGUGCUCCAAGGAGGGGUGCUCCAAGGAGGGGUGCUCCAAGGAGGGGUGCUCCAAGGAGGGGUGCUCCAAGGAGGGGUGCUCCAAGGAGGGACUGGGGGCAGCGACGACAAGCUGUGACAUCGGGGGGGGCUGGUCGGUCACCGGGCGCUCCGUGGUGCCCUGGGAGCUGCCCCCCGCGUGGAUCCAUCGGUUUGGGAGCACUCGUGGCCAGAGCCCACCAUCCUUCCCAGCACCCCUCCUGAACUCGGCUCCUCUCCGUGCUCCGGAACCGUGCGUGGAAUGCCGCUCAUGGCAGCUUCAACCGCAAGUUUUAAUUUGGAAUUUUACUACAGCCAAAUCAGACUUCUAAAAGCGGCGGCCCUGCUCUCUCACCGUCCCCCCCCCCCGCCGCCCCGGCUCAACCCCACGAGUUCAUUGUUUCAAACCAUUCCAGGAGCUAAGUGAGCCUUCUGAGCUCGCCUACUGGAAAACGCAGCGAGCUCUUCUUGCUUCGUGAAAAAGCAUGGGGCAGGAGCACUUUCGGAUGCUGCUGUGGUGCUUUGGCUUUUUGGGUGGCAUCCCCGGUGCUGCCGGCAAUCACUACCGUUACCAAUGGAGGAGCUGCUACCCCUGUUACCUGGGGCGUGCGGGAUACGGCGUUGGCCACACCGAGAUGCGAGCAGAUGUUGAUGAGUGCCAGGUCCACAACGGGGGAUGCCAGCACAGAUGUGUGAACACCCUGGGAUCCUAUUACUGCGAGUGCAAGCCGGGCUUUCGCCUGCACACAGAUGGCAGAACCUGCAUUGCGCUGAACUCGUGCGCGGUGAACAACGGCGGCUGUGAGCACGACUGCGUGCAGCUGACGCCCAACCAGCACCAGUGCCGCUGCCGCCGGCAGUACCGGCUGCGGGAGGACGGCCGGCGCUGCGCCCCACGGAGCCCCUGCGCUGAGAGGAACGGGGGCUGCACGCAGCUCUGCCGCGAUGUCCGGGGAGCAGCGCGCUGCGAGUGCCACCCCGGCUACCGGCUGGGCCCCGACGGCAGAGCCUGCCAAGAUGUGGAUGAGUGCUCGGCCGGGCUGGCCGCGUGCGCGCACCGCUGCCUGAACACCCACGGCUCCUUCGCGUGCGCCUGCAACCCGGGCUACGAGCUGGGCGCGGACGGCAGGCAGUGCUACCGGAUAGAGAUGGAGAUUGUGAACAGCUGUGAGACCGACAACGGUGGCUGCUCCCACGUGUGCCACCACAGCAGCGCCGGCCCCAUCUGCUCCUGUAACUCGGGCUACCAGCUGCAGGAUGACCAGAAGACGUGCACUGACAUCAACGAAUGCGAGGACGGCUCUCACUGCUGCAUGCAGGACUGCUACAACUACCCUGGGGGCUACGAGUGUGCCUGCCACGCCGGGUACCGGCUGCACGCCGGCGGCUGUGCCUGCGAUGACGUGGAUGAGUGCUCCUCCAACAACGGCGGCUGUGAGUACACGUGCCAGAACCAGGUGGGAUCCUUCCAGUGUGGCUGUCCUGCUGGGUACAAGCUGGAUGGAGACCGGAGGGGCUGCGUCCCCGUACAGGACCCGGUGGAAGCCCUGGAUGCUCGGCGUCCCAUCAUCCGCCCCAUCCCACACGUCGCCAUCCUGCGGGACGAGCUCGCCCAGCUCUUCAGCGACGACUACGAAGAGGAGGAGGAAGAGAUGGAAGCAAGAGGAGAGCACACGCUUUCGGAAAAAUUCGUCUGCCUGGAUAACACCUUUGGCCACGACUGCAGCCUGACAUGUGAGGACUGCCAGAACGGGGGCACGUGCAACGCAGAGGGAACUGGCUGUGAGUGCCCGGCCGGCUGGAGCGGGCUGCUCUGCAACCAGACCUGCCCGCCUGGAACCUUCGGCAAGAACUGCAGCCAGCUCUGCCUCUGCCAGAACGGGGGCACCUGCGAGCCCAGCACCGGCACCUGCCGCUGCCCGCCCGGCGUGGCUGGGAUCCACUGCGAGGACGGGUGCCCGAAAGGAUUUUUUGGGAAGCAGUGCAGGAAAAAAUGCAACUGCGCCAACCGAGGCCGCUGCCAUCGGAUCUACGGAGCGUGCCUGUGCGAUCCUGGCUUGUACGGGCGGUACUGCCACUUGGCGUGCCCCAGGUGGGCGUUCGGCCCCGGCUGCUCCGAGGAGUGCGUCUGCGUGCAGCCCAACACGCAGGACUGCGACAAGCGGGACGGCUCCUGCCGCUGCAAGCCCGGCUACCGCGGUGCGCGCUGCGAGAGCGAGUGUGAGCCCGGGCGCUAUGGGGAGGGCUGCAAGAAGAAGUGCAGCUGCUCUCCGGACACGCGGUGCGACCACAUCACCGGGCGGUGCUGGAAGGAGUGUCCCCAGGGCUACCACGGGGAGAACUGCGACCAAGAGUGCCCGGCGGGGCGGUUCGGGGCCGGCUGCCUGCUGCUGUGCUCCUGUGGCGGGGCUCCCUGCGACGCGGUCAGCGGGCAGUGCUCGUGUGCACCGGGAUGGACAGGGCACGACUGCGCCCAAGCUUGCCCAGAGGGUCGCUGGGGCCUCGGCUGCCAGGAGCUGUGUCCUGAGUGUGCCAACAAUGGCAGCUGUGACCCCGCCACGGGAGUGUGUGUGUGCCCACCGGGCUUCACGGGCAGCCGCUGCCAGGAUGCGUGCCCACCCGGCUGGUUCGGCCAGGACUGCCAGCAGAGCUGCAGCUGCGGGAACGAGGGACAUUGCCAUCCCGUGACGGGGACGUGCAGCUGUGCGCCCGGCUGGACGGGCCACGACUGCCGGAGGGCCUGUGCCGCGGGGCGCUGGGGCCCGGGCUGUGCCAACGUCUGCGAGUGCAGCGGCAGCGCCGGGAGCUGCGACGCGGUGACGGGGCGGUGCGCCUGCAAUCCCGGCUACACCGGCGUCCGCUGCGAGGAGCGGUGCCCAGCAGGACGGUUCGGGGCGGGCUGCCAGCACCGCUGCCAGUGCGAGCAAGGGGCCGCGUGCGACCACGUCAGCGGGGCAUGCACGUGUGCUGCGGGUUGGCGGGGGACCUUCUGCGAGCACCCCUGUCCGGAUGGAUUUUAUGGCAUUGAGUGUCAGCACGCCUGCAACUGCCAGAAUGGAGCCCGCUGUGACCACGUCACCGGGCAGUGCCACUGCCACCCAGGCUGGACUGGGCCCCACUGCAGCGAGGCAUGCCCACAGGGCAGGUUCGGUGAGGGCUGCAGCCAGGUGUGCAGCUGCUCCAACAAGGCCACGUGUGACCAUGUCACUGGCCGCUGUCUGUGCGCUGCUGGCUGGACGGGACCCACGUGCCAGCAAGCAUGCCCAGAGGGUUUCUAUGGGACGGGCUGCCACCAGCACUGCCUGUGCCAGAACGGGGGGACGUGCGACCCCGCCACGGGGCACUGCGCCUGCCCCGUGGGAUGGACCGGGCUGGCCUGUGAGCUGGCGUGUGCCGAGGGCCAUAGGGAUGGCUGCGGGCAGCGCUGCGCCUGCCUCAACGGGGGGGUCUGCGACCCACAGGGACAGUGCCACUGCCCACCUGGGUGGAGCGGGACCGCCUGCGAGAGCUCCUGUCCCGAGGGGCACUUUGGGGCGGGCUGCCAGGAGCGCUGUGACUGCGGGGACAAAGGGCUGUGCCACCCCAUCACCGGCGCCUGCCGGUGCCCCCCUGGCCGGAGGGGCCGACGCUGCGAGAAAGCCUGCCUGCCCGGAGCGUUUGGGAAGAGCUGUGCCGGCCGCUGCGCCUGCCCCCCCGGAGCGCCCUGCGACCACGUCACCGGGCGGUGCAGCUGCCCACCGGGCUUCAGCGGAGCCGGGUGUGAGACACCCUGCCCGCCCGGCACCUUUGGGGAGCGCUGCGCCCAGCGCUGCCGCUGCGCGGGACCCAGCCAGGACUGCCACCCCGUCACCGGUGCCUGCGUCUGCGCACCCGGCCGCCAUGGGCCUGACUGCGAGCUGGAGUGCCCGGCGGGUUGGUACGGCCCCGGCUGCGAGCGGCCGUGUGAGUGCAAGAACGGGGCCCGGUGUGAGCGCACCACGGGGACGUGCCACUGCCCGGCAGGAUACAUCGGGGCUGACUGCGGCGUUGCGUGUCCCACCGGCCACUAUGGUACAGACUGCGCGCAGCUGUGUGCCUGCGGGGAGGGGGCCACGUGCCACCACGUCACCGGGGACUGCCUGUGCCCACCGGGAAGAGUCGGUCCCACUUGUGAGCAAGGCUGCCGGCCGCAGCAGUACGGGGUGGGCUGCCAGCAGCCUUGCUCCUGCCGGAACGGAGGGCUGUGCAACGCCACCGAUGGCUCCUGCACCUGCGGCCUGGGAUGGACCGGGAAAUCCUGCGAGUUAGAGUGCCCACCCGGCAGCUUUGGUGCCGGCUGCCAGCUGCGCUGUGCCUGCUGGCACAAUGCCACCUGCGACCGCGCCACCGGUGCCUGCCGCUGCCCCCCGGGACGCUACGGGGCCCUGUGUGAGCACGGUUGUCCCCCAGGUUUCCAUGGGCCCGACUGCCAGCAGCACUGUGACUGCGCCCAUGGAGCUGCCUGCGACCCGGCCACCGGGCGCUGCCUCUGCCCUGCAGGGUUGCGGGGUCCCCGCUGCCAGGAAGGCUGCGAGGACGGGAUGUACGGCGAGGGAUGCCGGCAGCGCUGUGACUGCGUGGGGGACGUGCCCUGUGACCCCACCACGGGGCACUGCCUCUGUCCUCCGGGAAAAACUGGCCCCCAGUGUGACACAGCGUGCCCCCCAAACCGCUACGGCCCCGACUGCGCUCUCACCUGCACCUGUGCCAGCAGCGCCCAGUGCAGUGCCCGGACCGGCCAGUGCCACUGCCAGCACGGCUCCAUGGGCCCCUCGUGCCGGGAAGCUGUCCCUUCCCAGGUGCCCACCAGGUCCCCAGCGCUGCAGGGGAUGGAGCACUAGGUCCUGCCACCGCCGCAGGGCCCUGCACAAGUACACGACCCAGCUGGAGGACUUGUUCCUGAGCCACUCAAGUGACAAACAGC